GCCUCCCGCCUUCCUCCUCCCUUUCCUCUCAGGCCCGGAAAGCGGAGCCUCCGCAUGGGUUUCCGCAAUCAUGGAGUACAUGACGGGACCAGCAGCCCCUACCCAAGGCAAUAUCCUCUGCUGCCAAUGCGGCGUUCCCAUCCCGCCCAACCCGGCCAACAUGUGCGUGGGGUGUCUGCGGGCCCAGGUGGACAUCACCGAGGGGAUCCCCAAACAGGGCACCCUCCACUUCUGCAAGCAGUGUGAAAGGUAUCUCCAGCCUCCAGGAACCUGGGUUCAGUGCACUCUGGAAUCGAGGGAGCUGCUUGCUUUGUGCCUCAAAAAAAUCAAAGCUUCACUGAGCAGGGUGAGGCUGAUUGAUGCAGGCUUUAUUUGGACUGAACCACACUCUAAGAGGCUGAAGCUGAAACUGACUGUUCAGAAAGAGGUGCUGAAUGGAGCAGUUCUUCAGCAAGUGUUUGUGGUGGAAUACAUAGUUCAGUCUCAGAUGUGUGAAGACUGCCAUAGGAUUGAAGCCAAGGAUUUCUGGAAAGCUGUAGUCCAAGUCAGACAAAAGACUCAGCACAAGAAGACUUUCUACUAUUUGGAGCAGCUGAUUUUAAAACACAGGCUUCACCAAAACACACUUCGCAUCAAGGAAAUCCAUGAUGGGCUGGAUUUUUAUUAUUCUUCAAAGCAACAGGCCCAGAAGAUGGUUGACUUUCUGCAGUGUACAGUUCCAUCUAGAGCAAAAUCAUCCCAACGUUUGAUCUCUCAUGAUAUUCACAGUAAUGUCUACAAUUACAAAAGCACUUUCUCUGUGGAAAUUGUUCCAAUCUGCAAGGACAAUGUUGUCUGCCUGUCACCAAAACUGGCCCAGAGCCUUGGGAACAUGAGCCAGAUCUGUGUGUGCAUCAGGGUGACAAGCACCAUCCACCUCAUUGAUCCUAGCACUCUGCAGAUUGCUGAAAUUGAUGGCAACACCUACUGGCGCCACCCUUUCCAUAGCUUGUUCCACCCCAAACAGCUGGAGGAAUUUAUCAUUAUGGAUAUCAACAGAGUUCAAGAAAAGAAGAAAGGGGCAGGAGCAGGGGCAAAAUCAAACAAGCACACCCUGGCUGAGGCUUGGGUGCAGAAAACCUCAGAGCUGAACGCAGACCAUCAGUACUUCUGCUUUACUCACCUGGGACACAUCCUGAAUCCUGGAGACCUUGUCUUGGGAUUCGACCUGGCAAACUGCAACUUAAAUGAUGAGUUUGCCAAUAAGAUGAACCCCCACAGCAUUCCUGAUGUGGUGUUAAUCAAGAAGAGCUACGACCGCAGCAAACGUCAGCGGCGCAGGAACUGGAAGCUGAAGGAGCUGGAGAGAGACAGAGAAGGCACAGACACAGAUGAUGAGAGGCAGUACCAGGACUUCCUUGAAGAUCUGGAAGAGGAUGAAGCCAUACGGAAGAAUGUCAACAUUUACAGAAAUGCAGAUAUCCCAGUGGAGAGUGACACAGAUGAUGAUGGGACUCCACGAAUCAGCCUGGCUGAGAUGCUGGAGGAUCUCCACAUUUCUGAGGAUGCCACUGGUGGAGAGGGAGCAAAUAUGAUGACAGAAUAAUUCCUUAAAGCAGUAAAUAUCCCUUUGGUGAGGAAAAAUUGCCCAGAACACAAGCAAACAUUGCAGAUCACAUCAGCAUGGAAAGUAAUGUGAUAACUACCACUACACCUCUUAAUCAUGGUCUUGAAUUCAUAUUUAAUAUACAAUAUUCAGCAAUUAAAGGUAAAUUUCUGAUGCAAAUACUCCUAUCUAAGUUCCAACAGUUCUUCCCAUCCCUGAGUGUUCUCUCCCUGCAGUGUAAAGAUCAUCUGACUACUUUCAGGGUUAUGUUUUGGGAAUAAUAAUUGUCUUUUCCUGAAGACAGCUGGCAAGGAAGGAUGUCCAGAGGGAGAGAUUCCAUUCUGGUUUGCUAGAUUUGUAGGUAGAGAACCUUCCUACCACUUCUUGCUUUCCUUCUUCACAGGGGAGGGAUUUUUCCUGUCUUAAUCUUUUUGCUACAGUGAUUUGAAGCCUUUUGUGGUGCUGCUAAAUGAUUCCAUGUAACUAUAUUUUGGGGAAUGUGUCUUCUGCUCCCUUUGCUAAGGGAACUCCAAAUACAUAAAAAACUUCCCUGGAAACUGAUGGAAAAUGCAGCCCUUGAUCUGAAAGACUGGAAAAUUCUGUGAAGUGCAAUGAAUAUUGUUCAGAUCUAUAUUCCAUGCCUGUAUCAGCAAUCUGCAUAAUGUCUAAUUAAUCCACCAACUAUGAACUAUUAAAAAACCCCACACAGUUAUUUUGGGUCCAGCAUUAUUUAGUUAACUUAAAAAUCAAAUUCCUCUCUACCACAAAGCCUGAAGAGGACACAGGUGGUGUGGAAGGACAUUACAGCCUUGCAUUCAUCUGGUUUUAAUUCGUUUUUCCUGCACAAAGCUGGUUCAGUAGAAAUUUUAGAAGGAGUUUAUGUGCAUGUACAUCUGGUUUAAUUCCAUAUAAGUAUGGAAGCAAUAAAAACAUUUUAUUACACAUUUUACAGUAGUUACACCUGCUGGUAGUGCUGGAGAGAUGUAGAUAAACUCAAUUUUAGUGACCAGUGAGCCAAAUCUCUGGAAAUUGAAGGACUUUAUUGUGUACCCUGUAGCCAGUAAACACAUCCUGUGCCUGGA